UCCUGACUCAGUUCAGUGUCUCUCCCUCGAUUUUCAUCUACUGUCCUUUCCAAGGUCUACAACCAAAACAUAGCUAAUUAAAACACCUUCUUCUUCUUCUUCUCAAUGGGAACAAAGAGCUCUAUCUAAAAGCUUCUUCGCAGUGGGAAAUUUUAUUAGAUAGUUCUUCGGUUUUAGAAUAUGUCUGCCAAGAUAUAAAGCUUUUUUUGCCAUUACCUUGUGAAGAAAGCUUGCAGCAACUUUAUCUCUUGAGAUUCUUCAAGGGUUGUUUUUUUUUAUUUCUUUCACACUCAUAACUUCAGAUUUAGCAGCCAAAAAAAGGUUCAGUCUCGCUGGACAGCUUACAAAACCCACUAGUGUUCCUUCUCUUUUUUGCAGUCUUUAUAUAAAAUAUAUAUAUAAAAAGAGGUCUUCUUUCCAGCUACAAAACCCACUCUCUGUUUCUUGGUUCUCUUCUUCGUUAAGAAUUUGGUUUUUAGUUUGGAGAGAAAAUGGGGAAGGUUCCGAGGAUUCUGUCUUGGAGGAACAUGUUGGUGCUUUCAUUGGCUGUAAACGUCAGCUUAGUUCUAAGGAUCUUGAAAGGUAGUGACGGUGGAAACUCCUCGUAUGUUAGUAUAUGGCCUGUGGUAUCCACCUCCUUGGAUAGAACGGUGUAUGAUAACAAAUGGCCUGUGGUAUCCACCACAGCCUCAGGAUCUUCUUCCUUGUCUUCAGCAUCUUGCAUCUAUAACGAGACUCAAGAAGAUGAUGACAGAAUUAUCAAUCUCAAACUUGGUGAUCCAAUGGUGUAUGAGAGAUACUGGCAACAAAUGGGUCAUAUGACAACAAUGGUGAUACCUGGAUGGCAAUCUCUCAGCUAUUUUUCAGAUAACAACAACGAGCUUUGUUGGUUUCUUGAACCAGAGCUUGCCAAAGAGAUUGUAAGGGUGCAUAAAGUUGUUGGAAACGCUGUAACACAAGACCGUUAUAUUGUUGUUGGCACUGGCUCAACACAGUUGUAUCAGGCUGCUCUUUAUGCUCUCUCCCCACAUGAUGACUCUGGACCCAUUAAUGUUGUCUCAGCUUCGCCUUAUUAUUGUUCAUACCCGUUGAUUACAGAUUGUCUUAAAUCUGGUUUGUAUAGAUGGGGAGGAGAUGCAAAGGGAUACAAGGAGGAAGGUCCAUACAUUGAACUUGUUACAUCACCAAACAACCCUGAUGGAUUCUUGAGAGAAUCAGUGGUGAACCGUAGUGAAGGUAUACUUAUCCAUGAUUUGGCGUACUAUUGGCCGCAGUAUACGCCUAUAACAUCGAUAGCUGAUCACGAUGUAAUGCUCUUCACUGCUUCAAAGAGCACUGGCCAUGCAGGGAUGCGCAUUGGAUGGGCUUUGGUGAAAGACAAAGAGACGGCUAGGAAAAUGACAGAGUACAUAGAACUCAACACGAUUGGGGUUUCAAAAGUCUCCCAGCUUCGAGUAGCCAAGGUUUUGAAGGCAGUGUCAGACAGUUGUAGUAAUGAAACGUUUAAAUCCUUCUUUGAGCAUAGUUAUGAUGCAAUGUCUGAGAGGUGGAAGCUACUGAAACAAGCAUCGAAGACUAGUAAAGGUUUCACACUUCCUGUUUUUGACUCUCAACGUUGCAGUUUCUUUGGCAAGGUCUUUGAACCACAACCAGCUUUUGCAUGGUUAAAGUGUGAAGAAGGGAUUGUGGAUUGUGAAAAGUUUCUGAGAGAGGAGAAGAAUAUUUUAACCAAAAGUGGAAAGUAUUUUGGAGAUGAUCUGAGCUAUGUGAGGUUAAGCAUGUUGGAUAGAGAUUCUACCUUUAAUAUUCUCCUUCACAGGAUUUCAUCCUCUUUCAAUUCAUCAACUUUGUAAGUACAUGUGCAUGUGAUGACGAUAUAUGUGUCUAAUAUUGUAACAAGUGUUUGUUCCAUAUUAUGGAAAUUUGAAUAAUGCGAUGAUUGAGAUUCAACCAUCUCAAACGAAUGAACGUGGAAUCAUUCACUACCGAGCGUUUGUGACGUAUCAUCAUUGUUCAAUUAACGUUCACCAAACAUUAAUGUAGUACUCGAGUGUCUAAGUUUGAAUAGUAGCAUGACCCAGUUCUUUGUUUUUUCACUAUCA